CUCCUAACACUGCAUCAGUGUACGUCUGCCGUUGUUGCCAUUAUUCGUUUGACAAUUAUAAAUACUCAUUAUUUAGAAAUUAUUCAUGUUUCUGUGAAUUACAGCUACUGAAGAAAAAGUAAAACGUUAUCGUAUGUUACACAAAUUUUCACGAUGACGGAAAAAGUACGAAGAUAUGAGAAAAUUGAUUUUUUGGGCGAAGGACAGUUUGCUACAGUUUAUAAGGCCAAAGAUAUUGAAACAAAUAAUAUUGUAGCUGUGAAAAAGAUUAAAGUAGGAAGUCGCGCAGAAGCCAGAGAUGGUAUAAACAGGACUGCUUUACGCGAGAUCAAACUGUUGCAAGAAUUAAAGCAUGACAAUAUCAUUGGUCUAUUGGAUGUCUUUGGCUAUAAAUCAAAUGUAUCAUUAGUGUUUGACUUCAUGGAUACUGAUCUGGAAGUAAUAAUAAAGGAUAGCAACAUAGUUCUAACUCCGCCUAAUAUCAAGGCAUAUAUGAUCCAAACACUGCAAGGAUUGGAUUACCUUCACUUUAAUUGGAUACUCCAUAGAGAUUUAAAGCCAAACAAUUUAUUAGUGAAUUCAGAAGGUGUUCUGAAGAUUGGAGACUUUGGCUUAGCAAAAUUCUUUGGCUCACCUAAUCGAAUAAAUACUCAUCAAGUAGUCACUAGAUGGUAUAGAGCACCUGAAUUACUUUAUGGAGCUAGACUUUAUGGAACUGCUAUUGAUAUGUGGGCUGCGGGUUGUAUAUUAGCUGAGCUUUUGCUGCGAGUACCAUUUUUGCCUGGCGAAUCCGAUUUAGAUCAGCUCACAAGGAUAUUUCAGACAUUAGGUACUCCAACGGAAGAAACGUGGCCGGGUAUGCUUGAAUUACCGGAUUUUAUUCAAUUCAAGCCCUUUCCCGGGACGCCGUUGAAGCACAUAUUUACCGCCGCCGGUGAUGACCUUUUAGAUUUAAUCGCUAGCCUUUUAAACGUGAAUCCACUAGAAAGAUGUACAUGCGAUCAAGCGCUGCAGAUGCCGUAUUUCAGCAAUAAGCCCGCUCCAACACCUGGGCCCAAGUUACCUCUGCCUACAGCUAUUAAACGGCAACCGGAAGAAAGGCCCAGCCUGAAGAGGAAAUUACUGGAAUCGGCGGACGGUGCUUCGUUAGCCAAAAGAUUGCAAUUUUAACGAUAAUUGAUAUUAGAACAAAUAAAAUUGUUCUAAUAUCAUCAUAAAAAAUUUCUGUAAUAAAUCAGUCAAGAUAUCCUGUUGUUUCAUCGAUCUGUAAUCUACAAUAAGUGGCAAGUUCAAAAAGAUUACAGGAACAGAUAUCUGUAAUCUGAUACUGCAUGUGCAAGUGUAUCACAUUGCAACGGACAAUUUUGUACAAUAAAAGUACAUUACUUAAAUUUUUAUGAUAAUGAUAUAUACUCGUGUGUCUAUACACAUACAAGAAGCAUGUGUGAUUGUACAUUAAGGCAAAUCUGAUUCUAAUAAUCUGAUAUUGAAACAAUAUAUUUAAUAGAAUUAAUAGAUUAAUAGAAAUAUUAAUGCGGUAGUUUUACAUCUGAACGCAUCGCGCAGGUGUUUUGUGACAAUAAUAAUAAUCUGUACGAGUGAAUGUGAGGGAGAAUGGGAUGAGAAUAUACAAUGGGUAGUAAUAAUGUUUGUUAAAAAAAUACAA